GAUGCGUUUUGGGUUACUGGUAGACCUAUUGUUCUUGCUCCAAGCCUUUCAAUUAGUGGAGCCUUAAGUGAUAACUAGUUUAUUAAAACCAAAUGAACAAAAAUACAUUAUAUGUGGAAUUGUCAAACACAAGAAAACAAGUUUGUGCGAUAGCAUUGUUUCUUCGCAGACUAUACACAAUUUGCAAAAUUUCUUAGAGUUUUGCAAAAUUUAGGGUACGAUUCAAAACGUGUUUUAAGAGCAUACUGAUAAACUUGGCUGCAGAAAACACUUGGCUGAACAUGUUUAUGAUUUAAACAUAGAUAGAGCAAAAACAAAGGAAUUCGGAGGGCUGAUUCAAACAGAGCAUACAGGCACGGGCUUUCUAGUUUUCAACCAUAUUUGUCAGAAAGUGGAAAGUUUGGAAACAAAGAUCAUUUCGCUCGAAACAUUGGAUAGGAAGAAAAUCAUUUCGUGAGCAAGAAACUACUGGGUCAGUUAUUAGACAUUUUGACAGUAAUUAGCAAGAGCUUAUUAGAUUGCACAUAUAAUUGCCGGGAAGCAAACGAAUCGUUGCGAAGGAGGAGCUGACUAUAUCUUGAAGAAAAAGCCGUGGAAAAAAUAGAUAUGACUUGGGACACGGAGGCUGUUUUCUUCUUGAAACUGUUUGUUGCAAGUUAAGUGCGAUGAAAAUAAGAAAGCCUCCAGCCAAAAUCUGCCAAUAUUAGAAGAAACAUUUUAGCAUUCUCUUAUUGAAAUUCGAGGACAACGAAGGUAGAACGCUUGUGCACUCAAAGAUGAGCAAAGUGGACUGGUUCCUAGCCACAAUUCUCUUUAUUCUAAUGUGGACAAAAGCAUUAUGCUUGGAUCAAGAAUCGCUUUUAAAAAUACGCAUUUUACUUGAAGAAAAUCCUUUAAUUGGUUGGAUGGACAGAGAUAUGUAUUCUUCAUUAGACGAUCUCGGAUUCACAAGGAGGUCCCUAUCAUAUAAAGAAGUAAACAAGUCCAUAAUAUAUAACACACCUCAUGCAUAUCAUAUCAAAAACCUUGCUUAUAAAGCAUUACGUGGUGAAGAAGUGAAUUUGGCUGUUUUAGGAGGCUCAAUAUCAGCAGGAGCAACUUUGUAUAAGACUGGCGAUCAAAACAAAAUAUACUUUAAGGUUUUUGCGGAAUGGUGGAACAAAUUGUUCGGAACCAUGACAAAGUCGAAGAUGAUAUACAAGAACUUUGCUAUUGGUGCAACUGGUAGCGAUUUCUAUGCAUAUUGUUUAAAGAACUACAUAGCACCUAACGAUACUGAUUUGAUAAUCUGGGAGCUAUCGGCAAAUGAUUAUCAUAGAUUUGACAAUCGGGAUGUGCCACCGACAAUGCCUUUGGAGCUUUUGAUCCGCAAUCUUCGGCGAUUGGAUUCUUCCCCUGCCAUCUUCGCCGUACAUUUCUUUAGAGGACAAGAUUAUAUCAAAGAGGGUGAAUGUAAUAAUCUAGAAGGCGACGGAGCAAAUUACAUCCUCAAGUAUUACGGAGUUCCAGCAGUGAGUUGGAAGAGACUUGUCUGCCGGAAACUAAUUGCUUCUGGAUCCAAGGGAUUUCAUAAACUCUUUGCCAGUGACGAUUCACAUCCGAACGUUCUUGGGCACGCGCAGAUGGCGUUCUUAAUGAUAGAAUAUUUUAGAAGGAUGAUUAAAGAUGUGGUUUUGGAUUUGAUAAUACCAGGUGAGGCAACUAUGAUGCCUACAAAUCAAGUUUUCAUUCCAAAUGAGACACCGCCUCAAUUGCCAAAAGUACUUUACACAAAAUCUCAGCUUGUAGCCAGUGAUCCCAUCUGUUAUACAUUCAAUGUUGCCAGCGAAGGAGAGCUACCAAAGAAUAACAUGAAAAUCCGCGUCGUCCGUAACGAUGGAUACGCUGUUGCUGUAGCGCAUGGGUUUUUAGUUCGCAAAGACAAGACACGUGGUCUUAGAACUAGAUCUCAAGGUCAUGAGCUACACUUGCUUGUUGAUGUGCCUGUUCAGAUUUCAGGAGACCAGCCAGACUGGAUGAUUCUUGUUGGGACAUAUUCGAACUUAGGCGGGGCUGUAUUCUUUCUAAAUGGUCAUUUAAGCCGCGUCAUCGAAACACAGAAGUACGCUUAUGGAAGUAUCGUUGCUGCAGUGGCAACACAUGUUCCCCCAGGAAAGCACUUGCUCGUGAUAAAAUCUUUGAGCAAAGGUUUUUUCUUGUCAUCGUUAAUGCUUGGUUAAAAAAGAUACAUAGAAACUGUUUCCAUUUCUGGAACCCGCCAAUGAUUAUUCCAAAGCAAGCACUAUUGCAUAGGCCGGAUUAACAAGAGGAAUAUUUGGGCUACAGCCUCAAUAAGAGAAUCUCGAACUCAAUACCGGUGGAUAAAUAAUUGCAUAAGCCGGUUAUUACAUUCACUUUAAAUCGUAAUAAUCUUGCUAGAUAGAAAAUGUCGCCGUUUUUUAAACCCAACAAUUAUCAUUGUAAAGAAAGUACUGUUGCAUAGGCCGGAUUCACAAGAGGAAUAUUUGCGCUUCAGUCUCAAUUAGAGAAUGUCGAACUCAAUAUCGGUGGUGAAAUCGUGAUUAUUUUUGAAACUUUAAAUAUAAAACUCACUAAGUUUUAUACAGCAACAACGUAAUUUGUGUAGAAAGCGUUGUAAUAAGUUAAUAAAUACUUGGCACAGUAUUUAAUGUGGAAAGGUUUUCAUUGCCUUUUUUGAACCAAGAUUUUUACAUUGGUGGAAUGGCCAUUAUUUUUUUAGUCUAUUUUAUACUUUACGCGGUUUCAGUUUAUUGAAAAUCUUGAUAAAUAAAGUCUUGUAUAAAAAAUGUACAUUGAUCUUUGUAUAUCGUUUUAU